AUGAAUCCUGCGAGGACUCUUGGAGUGAGCUAUCUCAAGUUAGAGAAUUUUGAAGGAUCCAACUUUAAUGCAUGGCGUCGGAAAGUGAUUUUCGGGAUGCAACUCUUAAAAAUCUACUAUGUGGUUUCUGAGGAAAAACCUGAUUUUGAAAAAGACUCUGAGUCUGAAGCCUCUUGGACUAAAGAUGAUCAUUCCUGCAGAAGUUAUCUCCUUAACUUCUUGGGUGAUCAUCUGGUAGCCUCUUGGGCUAAAGAUGAUUAUUUCUGCAGAAGUUAUCUCCUUAACUUACUGGCUGAUCAUCUGACAGAUGCUUACACCAAUAAGCCCUCUGCAAAGGAAAUUUGGAAUGCUCUGGAGGAGCAAUACAAGGAUGAAGAGAAGCUUGGAAAGUCUCACCUCAUUGACAAGUUUUUUGACUUCAAAUUCGAAGAUGACACUGAGGCUUUGCCUCAAGUCAAAAAGCUCGAAAAUCUUGUUAUGAAGCUGAAUGAUGAAAAGAUUGAUCUUUGUCAAUCCUUCAUUUCUGGAGCAAUUGCCAACAAGCUUUCUCUAUCUUGGAUGUCAUUCUCCACGAACAUUCAAAGAAGGAAAAGACAGGUGACUCUGGUUGGUGGUUAG